AUGCUCUUCUACACACCGACAAUACUGAAAUUUGCACUACCAAGAUGCAGUAGAAGGCUAAGCAGAGAUUGUUUACCGAUUGGGACCCGCUUCAAUUCCACCAGCUCUCAGAAUAAAUUCCUCGAUAAACCUGGAAGAAAACUAUGGAAACACGUAUCCGUGAAUGACACUAUCAGUCAAGAAAAGUUCCACAUUCAAUUGGAUGGGAAGACUAUUAAGACUCCACUGGGUAACCCAUUGGCAGUAGGGAAGGAUCGCGAUGCAUUGGCGUAUUUGUUGAUGAAAGAAUGGGAUAACUUGAAAAAUUUAUCUUCGAAACGAAAUUCCUUACCCCUGACUUCACUUGUGUCUAGAUGUAUUGAUUUAGAGGUGGCUACCAAUGAAAAAUCUAGUGGGCCUGAUGCAGCAGCCAAAAUUGGAGGUGGUAAGGAAGUCAUCAAGAACGAUUUGUUACGCUACCUGGAUACUGACACUUUACUCGUAUUUUCGCCACGGUCUGAAUAUGAAGGUGCCCUCAGGGAGGAACAGGAUUCUCUUUAUUUACCAAUUAUCAAAAAAAUUGAAAGCUUCUUAUCAGAGAAUUUUGGUUCGUCUCCCAUUACGCUGCAAAUUCUGGAUGCUGACAGACAUGGUCUGAGAGGCAAUGUCCAAAAUCCGGAAACCAGAAAAGCUGCAAUGAAGUAUUUAGAUUCUUUAUGCCUUUGGAAUCUGGUAGUCUUUGAAAACGUAGUUUUGACGACAAAAUCCUUCAUUUGUGGAAUUCUCUUGUUACAAGAUAGAGCAUUUUCGAAUUCCCCACCAGACUUGCACUAUAGUAUAGAAGAGAUAGAGCGUGCAGCAACACUAGAAACAAUUCAUCAAACUAGGAGAUGGGGUGAAGUGGAGGAGGCUCAUGCAAUAAGUAAGGCGGAAUUGAGAAUGAAUUUGUAUACUGCUUCCGUUGUUGCCUUUAAAGAAUAG